AUGGAUAGUAGUGGAAGAGUGUUGGUGCAGCCGUUGGGGAUGAGGGCUGCUGUUGCUCCUCAGUACUCCCCAGUUCAGUCACGAGGCUCGGCAGCAGGUGCAGCCUCGAGGGCAGGUCCGGGAACAGGCUCGGCAGCAGGUUCGGGGUUGAAGGGGGGAGCGGGAGGGGGAGUCGGGCGCCCUGCGCGGACCGUGUCCGCCAUUCCGCGGAUGGAGGGGCUUGGGGGAAGCGUCCCUGGGGGGAACACCUCUGGCGCGGGGGCAUUGAAGUCCCCCACCCGUGCGGGGUUUUUCCAGCUGGCGCAGGUUGGGGAAGAGGGGGAACGGGGCGAGGGGGAGGCGGAUAAUCUGCCCAUGCUGCCACCGCCGGGGCUGCCUCAAGUCGUGCAGCACUGCAGGCAGCUUCUGGAGAUCCCGGCCGUGCUGCCGCCCACCAAGAAGGGCGUGCACAAGCUGCGCUGUGGGAAGUGCAUUGGCUUGGCAGCAGGUCCGAGAACAGGCUUGGGAGCAGGUUCGGCAACAGGCUCGGAUGGUCAAGGAAGGAUAGGAAGGGCUGGGAGCUUUGAGUCGCUUAGGUGCAACAGCGCUGGAAUGCUGUCACCAGUAGGCUCGGUUAGGAAUUCGUCUGAUAGUGAGUCUCCUACUGGGACUCCCCCUGCCAAGGUUGGAAGCAAGGGAGGCGAUGCCAGAGCUACAAGCAGUAGUAGUAUGGGUAGAGUGGACUCUGGGUCGGCUCUUGUGGGUGGUGGUGGUGGGAUGGCUAGUACGGGGAAUAAGAUGGGUUCUGCUGGUGGGGGUGGUGCUGGGGCAGUGUGUGGUGUUCCGUACGACCAGGUGGCUGGUUUCUGGGGCCAAAUGGGAGGGCCCUGCCUCGGGAUGAUUCCGCCUGGCAUCGACCUUGGGCCUGCUCUUCCAAAGAACUGCUCUGGGGGAAACACCAAGGUGUAUGUGAAUGCGAGGGAGCUGCAUCGCAAGGACCUGGACAGACUCGUGAAGAGGGGGCUGCCGCUGACAGACAACAUGGCGUAUCGAGUCGAGGCGAACGGGAAUGUGUUUGACGGUCUCAGCGGGGAGUUCCUGGUCAACCUUGGGAAGCUCGCACCCUCGUGA